AAUAUAUGAUAUAAUAUGUGAUGAAAGAGGAGGAGGAGCCGUCCACGAUACUCUCGUCACAGCGGGACGUCUGGUUCCUGCAUCGCGAGAACGGUAUUGGAAGGAGUUGGAGCGCAGCGUUCGCAGGUUCAUCAUGCAUUCUACUUGUCGCAAUGGAGCAAUGACGCCAAAAGUAGGUGUUUCGUUUCUGCAAAUGAGAGUUUAAUGACAAGUAGGUGGUACUUGUCAAUCCAUCUCGUUGUGCACCAGCGAACUGGUUAGAAUGACACAUUUUCCCUUGGUGCUCUGGAAGUUGAAGCUCAAAUUGGGACCAGGAGGAAGGGGACGUAGUAGUCGGGUGUCUGACAGGAAAGGGCACGCUGUCUAGCCGAUCUGGACACAAAACCCAAAGCUGUCAUUCGAAUCUGGAUCUGGACAUCCAUGUGUUUACACCACUGAUCGUUGCCUGUAGGCCCACGCGUGCGCCCAGUGCCCACAGUAAGCUCAUCCACCGGAGCAGCCAGACAGCAUGGGGGUCCACGGGGAGGAACAGCAAGGAGAUCCAUCCAACGGGGACUUUCGGAGCGAGCAGACGCCGGUAGACCCGGCGGAGAUGGAGCAGAAUAAAGGUAGCUGUGCUGCUCACGACCCGGACAGCAGUCGCCCGGUCGAGGACGGCACAAAGACGGCGAAGAGUGAAUGCAACGUCGCGCCAGAGGAGAGCACCGUGCAUCUGAUAGAUACCGUAUGCACACCGCCCGGGUCCCCCUGUCGCGACGCCCGGUCCCCGGGAGCCAGGGUAGACUUCGUUCCGCCCGACGGGGGCUUCGGGUGGAUAGUGGUGUUUGCCGCCACUUGGUGCAAUGGUUCAAUCUUCGGGAUUCAAAACUCCUUUGGCAUCCUCAACAUGAUGCUGAUGGAGGAACACGCCGACCCCAAUGACCAAAGGUCGCAGUUCAAAGUGGCCUGGGUGGGGGCCCUAGCGAUGGGGAUGAUCUUCCUCUGCUCCCCGGUGGUCAGCAUGUUCACCGACCACUUCGGCUGCCGGCAGACGGCGGUGGGCGGAGCCACCGUGGCCUUCAUCGGGCUGCUCGGCACCUCGUUCGCAACCUCGCUGCCGCUGCGUUACUUCACCUACGGCAUCCUGUUCGGCUGCGGCUCCUCCUUCGCCUUCCAGCCCUCGCUGGUCAUCCUGGGGCACUACUUCCGGCGGCGGCUGGGCCUGGCCAACGGGGUGGUGACGGCGGGGGCCAGCUUGUUCUCCAUGGGGCUGCCCGUGCUGCUGCAGAAGGUGGCCAAGCCCCUGGGCCUGUGCCGCACCUUCCAGAUCCUCAGCAUCUUCAUGCUGGUGCAGGCGCUGCUGGCCCUGACCUUCAGACCCCUGCUGCCCGCGGGGCUGGGCUGCGGGCCGGGGGGCAUGCCCUCCGCGCCCUCGGAGCCGGCGGACCCCCAGGCCAGCAGGGGGAGCCGGGCCCUGGCCCAGGUCAGGAGGUACUUCAACCUCCGCGUGUUCCACAUCGUCACCUACCGCGUCUGGGCGUUCGGCGUCGCCACGGCGGUGCUGGGAUACUUCGUGCCCUACAUGCAUCUGAUGAGCUUCGUCAAGGAGCAGUUCAAGGAGACAGACAAGGAGUGGGUGCUGCUGGCGUGCAUCGGGGCGUCGUCCGGGGUGGGCCGCCUCGCCUUCGGGAAGAUCGGAGACCUGGUCCCGGGACUCCAGAAGAUCUACAUGCAGGCGACCUCCUUCAUGGUGCUGGGUCUGAUGUGCAUCCUGAUCCCCCAGUGCUGGGUGUUCGAGGGGCUGGUGGCGGUCUGCGUGCUCCUGGGCCUCUGUGACGGCUGCUUCCUCACCCUCAUGGCGCCCGUGGCGUUCCAGCUGGUGGGGCCGAUGCGCGCCUCGCAGGCUAUAGGCUACCUGCUGGGCCUCAUGGCCAUCCCCAUGACGGCAGGGCCGCCCCUCGCCGGGCUCCUCCACGACCACUUCGGGGACUUUACACUGGCCUUCUCCCUGUCGGGGGUGCCCCCCAUCGUCGGGGGUGUGGUGCUGUUCCUCGUGCCCCUGAUCCACCGCAGGCUCCAGGCCGGCCAGCAGGGGGCCUCCCCUGAAGACCCGGGGCCCGCUGACCACAUGCUGUCCCAGGAGCCCAAGAGCAGCUCCAACGGGGGCCUGCUCCCAGGCUACACGGACGUGGAGACGCACAUCUGAAGCAGCACUACAAAGGGAUUCAGACCACCAGCACCUUAUGGCCAAGCCUCUCGCUGUUCCCGACUCACGAUGGAUCUGUCACUGGGGACGCAAUCACACCAACCUCACCUCACCCUCUACCGGAGCUGUGAAAGGUUUAUAGAAACUGGGUCACCAUCGCAACCGCUACACCUACGCAUUGCCUCCCCCCCCCCCCCCCCCCCUCCAUAUACACACACACACACUCUCACUCACAUACACACAUACACAUGUACACACACAUAUACACACACACACACACACACAUAUAUACACACACAGCAAUGUGUUUCGAUGGAUCGUUAAAAAAUAUGACUUUGGAGCAGAGAGGUGAAGAGGUUUACGUGAGGAGAAGCUACGGAGGAAGACACUUGAGAUGAACGAGGUUCAGCGAUCAAGGUCUGGAUCAGAGUCACAGAAAGCUUUACGCAAUCCCCACACAUGUCUUAUCUGACGAUCAACUGUGAUUUUAUUAUUUUUCUAUAUAUAUAUAUUUGUAUCUGGAGAAAUAAAAUGAGUUGUGAGAGACAGAAAAUAAGAGAAUAACUGAGAAUAAUUAAUCUUGUUUUUAACGUUAAGAGGCUGUAUCUAAUUAUUUGACUUUAUUGUUAUUAUUAUAUAUAUAUUGUGCAUUUUAAAAUGGUAAAUUAGCAUAAGAAGGUCAUUGAGAUAACAAGUUACACCACAUUUCUUCUCGCUGCUGGUAAUUCAUCUCUCAGAAUCGUUUGGAUCAAUACUGUGAGAAACAUGGGAGGGGUGGAGGGGUUUAGAUUUAGGGGCAGGAAGAGGUGAGCCCCCCGUGGUUGGGGGGUGGGGGGGAUCAGACACAAUCAACCUCAACUCAACCGCACAACAUGCUGCACCACGACGUCACACACAUAGGAGCCCGUCGCCUCGGGUUACAGUCCACUGAGGAUCCCCUCUGGCGGCGGCCAUGCUGAUUCUACUGCCAAGUUCAGACAAACCAAACCACAGGGGCUGAAUAGGAUCACAGCUCAGCUUUUAUGUUCUAUAGGCUCAUCGCGUUUGCACCUUAUGGGUGGUGUCUUUUAUGCAAUUGAUAUCAACAGGGUUAGUGCCAUCUGCCGGAGAACUAACCACCAGAACACCAAGUCUUCAUGAUACUCCGUGCAGCCAUCUCUCCCCAAAACCAUACAUUCUGCAUUGUGGAGUUCUUUGCAAACAUGUCUUUCUUUUUAGAAGGGUGCUAAAACUCUGGACACUAUGAUCACGUGAAAAAGUUUUUUGUUUCAAUAGAAAAUGUUCCUUGGUAGUAUACUAAAAACAGUUACAAGUGAUCACCAUUUGUGACUUGAGAUUUAUUGUUUGCCGUCCCAAGUUCAUAUUUGAAAACGGCAAAUUUUGGAUAGCUUUGACGUACAUUUGUGUGUGUGUGUGUGUGUGUGUGUGUGUGUGUGUGUGUGUGUGUGUGUGUGUGUGUGUGUGUGUGUGUGUGUGUGUGUGUGUGUGUGUGUGUGUGUGUGUGUGUGUGUGUGCAUAAUAAUCAAUGCAGACAUGAGAGGUAUCUGUUGCAGUGUGCAGAGAGAUGCUGACAAUGGGCAUGGGGAUGUUUGAGGGGGUUAAUUCUGCCAAAACGCCUUCACCCGGAUAAAGACAAUCCCUGCAUGGUUUAGCUGCUGUUUUUGUUUUGGGAUGUUCUCUCUCAUUAAAUCUCCACGCGCGUUCAUUCAAAAGAAAACCCGAAACAAAAAUAGAACCACAACUAUGCAGCCUCUUUUAUCAACAUUUCCCGAGUACCAGCGAGACGCGGCCGUCAUCGAGUUUCAACAACUUCUGACCUCUGAACUUUAAGUGUUAUUUCACCCUUUAACCGAAUGACGCAGUGAAUGGACCCCAGGCCAUGGACUAAUUUGACUCAGCGUGACUUAAUGGAGGCCAGAAGAGGGGCAGAGUGCGUCCUAGCGAUAGCUCUCUGUAGACGGUAGGAAGAUGAGGGCAAUGAUGUCAAUGAUGUUUGUUCAGAGGGUCUGUUAACCUUUGUUUUUGUAGACCACUCUGCUUUUCUUUCACUGCUGUUUUGUUAAGGGUUUUCUUAAAUAUAAUUCAAGUUUUCCCUGCACACUGGGCCGACUACAAUGUUUCCCUGUGAGGCAGAGUUCAGAAGCACAGAGGGGACAGAAGGUUUUUGCAAAAAGUCCUGAAUGGGGAGCAGGUACACCCAUACCUCGGAGAUUGUAACCCAAGCACUCACUAUUCAUAUUCAGGACAAUGGGUUCCCGCUGCUGUCUACGAUACCUUUUUAAUUUUUUCUCUUUUAGAAGCACAUGUUGCCUUGCGGCGACUGUGUCAACUGCCAAAUGGGUUCCUAGACGUCCGCCCAUAGAUCCUCAGGAUAUCCUGGUGGGGGUUCAGGAGAACGAGAGAGCAUGCGUAGCUGGUCAUGGAAUGGGGAGAAUCUAAGAAAAUGGUGUGGAACACUUAUUGUUUUGGGCCCAUGUGUUUUGAAGGUGUUUUUGGUAAUUAUUGUUGUUAACAACAGUAAAAGUUAUGAUUGCUAAUGUCAUUGCUGUUCUCUUCGGCGUGUGUACAUGAAUGGAAUGACAUUGGUGCUUGGUUGUUGAAUUCAAAGUACGUUUUGCUGUUUAAGAUUUUUUCUUCUGUAGAGCAGUUGGUAGCUAUACAGAAGACAAAAAUGUACAAAACGACAGGGAGAUAAACUAGAGUAAGUUCUAUUCUCUCUCUCUCUCUCUCUCUCUCUCUCUCUCUCUCUCUCUCUCUCUCUCUCUCUCUCUCUCUCUCUCUCUCUCCCUCUCCGUGUGCCUGAGGAAUGAAUGGAUGCAGUGUGAUUCAUGGAGAUGGACGAGUGGUCUAGAGACGGCCACACACCCUGUAAUUAUUUCAGAAAAACAUAAUUUAUCCCUCUGAAAACAACAGCAGCAGAUCUGCAAGUAAUAGCUGUGUGUCAUGCAUUUGAACAGAAGAAGCUUCGGGUUUAAAAUGUGAAUGUUGUUUGAUCAAAGUGUUUCUGUUGUGUCUGUACAUCAGAGCACGAGAAGGACCUGCCAGCCCACCUGUGUCAUGUGUUCAGUUGUAUGUUGUAUGUAAAGAAUACCUUUUUUCUCCAACAAUGGUAAAGGCAGUGUUGCCUUUCCAAUGGAAUCUGGAUUUUCUGCUUGUGUCCUCUCCUGUCAAAAAAAAGUUUAAUAUUUAGAAAGUGACUUUGUAAAACAGAUGUCGCGUUUAUUUUGGACCUAUAACAUAUGCACCUAACCUAUGACAUGUUUGCUACAUUUGACUGACUAAUAUUAUCGAUACUGAUUCCAUUCUGUUCUUUCAAAUGAUCACGCUCAAUUUCACUGGCAACCUCACUUGACUCUUCUUUUUAUAAGUGAAUCGAGAUGGAUCAAGUCAAUGAUCAGCUCAUCGCAGACUCAUGCCAUCACUGUCCUCUGACCUCGAGCUUGGGUGUUUGUGCAACAUGACAUGUUCUGUCUUGGAUGGAUUACCUCAAUCCUAAACUAAACACACACACAUUGGGAAACAUUGACCCUGCUGUCUUGUUAGCCUGCAGAACACCACCUAACCGUGGCCACUUGUGUGAUUCUGUUACUUGAGGGCUUCGGGAAAUCUUGGGGAUCUUUGAUUCCGUUUUCCACAGCUGCCAUUGUUAAGUAUUUUUAAUCACGGAAACAAUCAAAUGUAUACAGGAAUAUUUUGUAAACUUUGAACAACGUGUGCUAUAAGUUCUUGAUUCAGCCUCAUAUUGUCAUACUAUUAAGAUUUGUAAUGAUUUUGGACCUGCUUUAGAAUGAUUACUGUUCAUAAUUUAACAUUGACUAUACAUCACACAUCAUUUUAGUUUUUUGUAAUCUAUGUACAAAAAUGUAUAUGAUCAUAUAUCCCACUCACUCCCACUUUAGCAUAUAUUUUCAAAAACAAUGU